AUGAGUGGUAAAAAUAGGUGACAAAUGAUAAGCAUUUGUAAUGUAUUAUUUUCAUGGCUUUUAUGAAUGGAUUGAACGACACAUUGGAUCGCAUUAUCACUACUUCUGUAAUAAAACACUGGAUUUUGAAUGCAAUUAUGUUUUCCGUAUUUUAAACACAAAACUCAUUACAAAAUCACAACAAAAAUAAUAAACCAUUUCAUGAAUUGACUCUUUGUUUGCAUUUGUUAUUCAAAGACAUUACAAGUCAUUGAAUAUGAGCUCAAAUAAGGAUAAACCGACGGACGCCACCGAAGACGACGACUUCGGCGACUUCGAGGGCCCCGAAGACGACGCGCCCGAAUCGGUUCAGGCGAUGGCCGGUCCGCCCAAUUGGGUGUUUCCCGAUCUAUUACGUGUGGAUUCAGGUCAGGCCACUCACGAGGAACCCGAGAGUCUACUCAACAACGGGCCGAUUGUGGCCAACAAUUCUCGGCCUAAUGUUAUGAUUCGGGCGCCGAUUCGUGAGACGGGAGCCAUUCCUAAGCAACGGACAGAUCUGCCGGACGUCUCGCUACUGACCACAGCCCGAGAUCUAUGCACUCCUGCCUUAAAACAGUCCUCGUAUUCACGCGAACCGACGGCCACUUCCUCUCAUAUGGCGACCACUUCUAUGAACAGACCGUCGACUCUAAUCGAUGUCAACACUCAUAACGGAAGCGUUGACUCAAAUCACAUACGAGUGAAUCGUUUAGAGCAAGACGUGAAGACAUUGCAGACACAGAAGGCUUUACUACAGCAACAGUUGCUUCAAAAGGACACUCAAAUCCGUGAAUUGCAUUCACAGUCGCGUCAAUCGGUUCCGAAUGUGAUUCCAACGCAAUCUAAUGAGGCGUUGAUCACAACAUUGACCGAAACGGUGGACAGAUUUCGUACAAACAUUGAAACAGCGAUGAGUCGAUUGGAACAGAGACUGUCUUCUCUCGAGACCAGAGUUAUCAAUGCAAACGACUCGUCCAUAGUUUGCGAAACGGUGUCCACUAAUGGCAAUGAUAUCGACUCUCACGCCGUUCGCCAAACUUCGAGUCAAACUCUGAACAGUAUUUUAAUACAACAGAAAAAAGAAAUAGAGAACGAGAGGCGAAGAAAUUUGCUGUUAUUUUCGUCACUCCUGAAGAAUGCUUACGAGACAAUAGAGACUCAUUUGGGUGUAAAGGACCUCGAGUUUAAUCACAAAUAAUAUCUCAAUUAUAGCUCAUUAUUCCUGACGUGAAAAUGUUUGGAGUGAUUCUUAUGGCAUGACUCGUAUCACUGAAUGGCACUUCGGUUUGUUGUUUAUGUUCUCCAUUGGAACCGUUCUCUUGAGUUCUCAUCAAAGGAAUGGAAGGAUUCUUUGAAUGGGGUUUGUGUUCAUUGUUUGCAUCGAAACUCAAUUUCUGUGUCAGCAGAAAGUCGAGCGACGAUUCUUGCAGUGUUUGAAUGUUGUCGUCACAGAUAUAACACCCGAACUUCUGGCCAUCACUUUCUUUAUGAUUAUUAUUGUUUGAGUUCUCAUUUAAUUUCAUUGUAUUUUGCGUUCCGUUCUUCAUAUUUAGGAUUUCUUUGUAUAACAAAUGAUUUCUAAGAAAUAAU